GUGAGAGCAGCGCAACAGCAGCCCGUCCACUCAACUGAGGGACAAGAUAACCAAACCCCGAAACUACCGAAAGCGAACCAUUAGCUGGUCGCAGCACUACAAGUUUGAACAUCUCUACGCGUAAACUACACUUGCCACCUCAGAAACCCUCUUUUGGACACCAACAACUGCCGUUGGUUAGUUAAAGUAAAGAUAAGAGACAGCUGCGCGCAGAUCAUCGGAGAAUGGCAGACUCGUCGGCGGCCAACAGCGACGGCGAGGACGGACCCCGCCAGCCCAUGCGGGGCUUCGCGCGCCAGGGAGCCCUCCGCCAGAAGAACGUGCACGAGGUGAAGGACCACAAAUUCAUCGCGCGCUUCUUCAAGCAGCCCACUUUCUGCAGCCACUGCACCGACUUCAUCUGGGGUUUUGGCAAGCAGGGAUUUCAGUGUCAGGUGUGCUGUUUCGUGGUUCACAAACGUUGCCAUGAGUUUGUCACUUUCUCCUGCCCAGGAGCUGAUAAAGGACCUGCAUCAGAUGACCCGAGGUCAAAGCAUAAGUUUAAGAUCCACACCUACUCCAGCCCGACCUUCUGUGACCACUGUGGCUCUCUGCUCUACGGCCUCAUACACCAGGGCAUGAGAUGUGACCAUUGUAUGAUGAACAUCCAUAAGCGCUGUGUGGCCAACGUGCCGAGCCUGUGUGGGACAGACCACACUGAGAGGAGAGGUCGCAUCCAGAUCACCGCUGAGGUCAAGACUAAUGUACUCACUGUUACCAUCAAAGAGGGUAGGAAUCUGGUUCCCAUGGACCCAAAUGGUCUCUCAGACCCCUACGUGAAGCUUAAACUGAUCCCAGAUCCCCGCAGCGAGAGUAAACAGAAGACCAAGACCAUAAAGUGCUGCCUCAACCCCACCUGGAAUGAGACCUUUAAAUUCCACCUGAAGGAGUACGAUAAGGACCGCCGUCUGUCAGUGGAGGUGUGGGACUGGGACCUGACCAGCCGCAACGACUUCAUGGGAUCACUGUCCUUCGGCAUCUCGGAGCUCCAGAAACAAGGGGUGGAUGGAUGGUUUAAGCUGCUCUCCCAGGAAGAAGGCGAGUAUUUCAAUGUUCCCGUUGCCCCGGAGGGGGAGGAGGGCAACGAGGAGCUACGGCAGAAAUUUGAGAGAGCUAAGAUUGGUCCAGGCAAGAACACAGAAGGCAAGUCGGCCAAUGCUGCAUCCCGCUUCGACUCCGAUGGCAACCAAGAUCGCAUGAGGCUUGCUGACUUUAACUUUCUGAUGGUGUUGGGAAAGGGCAGCUUCGGCAAGGUGAUGCUGGCGGAGCGUAAAGGGACAGAGGAGCUGUACGCUAUAAAGAUCCUGAAAAAGGACGUUGUGAUCCAGGAUGAUGACGUGGAGUGCACCAUGGUGGAGAAGAGAGUGUUAGCGCUGGCUGGAAAGCCCCCGUUCUUAACACAGCUGCACUCCACCUUCCAGUCUAUGGACCGUUUGUAUUUUGUCAUGGAGUACAUAAACGGUGGCGAUCUCAUGUUUCAGAUUCAGCAGGUCGGCAAGUUCAAAGAGCCCCAUGCUGUAUUCUAUGCUGCGGAGAUAGCCAUUGGUCUGUUCUUCCUACAUCAAAAGGGCAUCAUCUACAGAGACCUGAAGCUGGACAAUGUGAUGCUGGACUGUGAGGGCCACAUUAAGAUAGCAGACUUUGGCAUGUGUAAAGAAAAUAUGCAUGACGGAGUCACCACCAAGACCUUCUGUGGAACACCGGACUACAUAGCUCCUGAGAUCAUAGCCUACCAGCCUUAUGGUAAAUCUGUGGACUGGUGGGCCUUUGGAGUAUUGCUGUAUGAGAUGCUCGCUGGACAGCCUCCAUUUGACGGUGAGGAUGAGGAUGAGUUAUUUCAGUCCAUCAUGGAGCAUCACGUCUCCUAUCCCAAGUCGAUGUCCAAGGAGGCUGUCGCUAUCUGUAAAGGGCUGAUGACAAAGCAUCCAGCGAAACGACUGGGCUGUGGUCCAGAGGGGGAGAGGGACAUCAGGGAGCACAGCUUCUUCCGCUACAUGGACUGGGAGAAACUGGAGAACAAAGAGGUGCAGCCGCCAUUCAAACCCAGAGCUUGUGGACGGGAUGCCGAGAACUUUGAUCGUUUUUUCACACGCCACCCGCCGGUGCUGACCCCUCCUGAUGAGGAAGUGAUUCAAAACCUGGACCAGGACGAGUUCCAGGGAUUCUCCUUUAUCAACCCAGAGUUCCCAGGAACUGCUGCUACUACCAAUGCUGCCGAGCAGGCUUGAUUUCAGCUCCCGCACAGACACAUGGACACACUCGCACGAACAUAUACAAAAUCAUUUUCUGUAUCUUGGAAUAUACACGCACACACUCCCAAUUAUAUCAACUUAAAGUAUCCCUGAAAUUGUUUGUGCUGUCACAGUCCUGAGGAAGCCACAACCAUACACCAAAACAUACACAUAUGGGCUAAGCCUUAAACACACACACAUACAUUUGUUGUUCUCAACGUUGCGGUGAUGCGUUGGCCUCCUCAGAGGCUCCAUGUGCAGUAUAAAAUGGCAAGACUGAAUGUUGGGCAGCUAUGAAAUUUAGACGUGGACUGAGCAAUUAAGAAUAAGGGAAUAAUUUGACAUUUUGGAAAUUAUGCUUAUUCACUUUGAUACCACUCUCAUGUCUGUACACUAACUAUGAAGUAACUGCCAGUAUCCAGCUAACUUAUCUUACAAAAAUUGAAGUAUUAAAAUGGCAAUUUGCCAUUUUACGGGGGGUUAUGUGCAGGAGUCUCCGCUGGUUGCCUGGCAAUUGCUCAGAACAAAGAAAUAAUCCAACAGGUAACUCCCAUUAUACAAUAUAUUUUCAUUUUUAAACAAACCAUGUGUAAUAUGUUAAUUAGUGAACUUUAAAGAUGCUGGUAGGCGGAUUUUGGUGAUUUUGGAUAGAGCCAGACUAGCUGUUUCCCCGUUUCCAGUCUUUGGGCUAACAUAAGUUAACCAGCAGCUGCUGGUGACUUCGUAUUCAGUACAGUCAUGAGAGUGGUAUCAAUCUUAUCAUCUAACUCUCUUGAAAUAAGCAAAUAAAGGUAUUUCAGAAAAUGGCAAAGUUUUCCUCUAAGAUAAUCAGGUUGCAUUUAGACAAAUUCUGUAUUUUUCCCCGCUUCCACCUGAUCAAAGCAUUACUAUAAAUUAGCAAUACACAAACACUAUGCCAUGAACUCUCUGUAAGCAUUGCUUUUGAGAAGUUUACUGCUAAAAGCCAAUGUAGUAUAAUAUCGUGCAUGAAAUUAAAUAACAUUUGAAGGGAAGUAAGAAGCAUGGAAAUCAGAUUUAGCACAAG